CCCACCCGCGGCAGAAGCCAAGUAGUGUGUGAAGGGAGUGGUUGUGUUUACGCAUGCGCAGGAGUUUCCUGGACGGGCGCGCUCGCUCGCUCGUUCGUUUGCUUGCAGAGGAAGACUUGCAAGGAAGGACCCGAUCCCAAAGCAUCCUGAUUUGAGCUCAUCCAGGUUUGGGAUUCGGCGCCAAAAGCAGGCUUGGGAAGGUUGAGGAGGGUCCCCCUCCGCCGUCGCUUGCUCAUCGCUUGACUCUCCGGGAGACCCUCGUUGGGCACAAUGGGAAGCCACAGCUCCAAAGCCGCCAAGGGAGGAGACCUCGCCGUGCAGGACGCCGCCGCCGCCGGAGACGCCUCGCCUUCCAAAUCCAAUGGCCAGGAGAACGGCCAUGUCAAGAUCAACGGGGAUGUCUCACCCAAAGCGGACGGCGAGGCCACUCCACUGAAUGGCAACGGAUCCGCCGAGCCGGUCAAGGAGGAAGCCAAGGCGGAGCCAGCUAGUGGUGACGCCAUCGAGCCGGCACCAGUUGCUGAAGGCUCUGGAGAGGCCAAGGCAGAUGGAGAGGCCAAGCCUGCCGCCUCCAAGGAAACCCCAAAGAAGAAGAAGAAGUUCUCAUUCAAGAAGUCCUUCAAGUUGAGCGGCAUCUCCUUCCGGAAAGCCAAGAAGGAGUCCGGCGAGACCUCGGCUGUCUCCUCUCCCAGCGGCGAGGAGCAGCAGGGCAAAGCGGAAGCCAAGGGGGAGGAGAGCAAUCCGGAGGCGGAGCAGAGCGGGGCCACCAAUGAGGAUGCCGCCGUGGCGGAGAAGGGGGAGGAGAAGGUUGCCACCGCUCCUGCUGUGGAAGCCUCCGCUCCGGAAGCCCCAGAAGACGAGCCAGCCAAGCGGGAAGGAGGGAACGAAGAAGGAGCGGUAAAGGAGGAGGAGAAGCCAGCGGAGGUCCCCUCGGCCCCCAGCGAGAGUCCGGAGGAGACGAAAGCGGCCGAGGCCGAAGCCAGCCCGGUGCCUGCCGAGCAGAAGGAGGAGUAGAUUGAGCCAACCCAGCGUCCGUCUAACUUAACGAGAAACCGGAGGGGAGGGGGGGAAAUGACUUUUUAUUAUUUUGUUGUGCCAUCCUUUUCGUCCCAGUCGACCCAACGGAACUGCUGCCUUGCUCUCGUCGUAGACCCAGAUGCCACUCCACGGCGCCGAGAAAAUGAGUCCCUCUCCGGCGUCGAACUUAAUGGGUCCCGUCCCCGUCCCCCCCCCACUCCUCACUCCAAGAUGGUUCCCUUUCUUCUCACCGGAAGCAAAAAUAUAUUACAAAAGAGAGAGGGGACAGCGGCAUCAACACCGCCUCGGAUACUUUGGUCCCCCAUUGGCAUCACACUCCGGAGCCGGUCGUCUUUUACAAAAAGCAAUCCUCCCUAAAACUGUGAAAAACGGAAGGAUAGCGUCGUUCCUGGACAGAAACUGGAACGCGGCUCCCGUUUCGUGAGGCUCCCAAAUCAAUUUCCCAAGUUCUUGGCUUCUCCGACCUUUUGGUUUCUACUAAUUCUCCGAGCAGCUUCUUCGUCGUCAUUUGUCGUCUUUUUCUUUUUUUAAUUAUUAUAUUAUUAUUAUUGUUUCCAACGAGAAAAAAAAAGUCCAAUAAACCAGCAAUGGUCUGUUCUUCAGAACGGAUCCUCUUUUUGAUCUCUCGGUUUACAUUCCUGGUUCUGACUUCAUUUUAAGGGUAUUUUGUGCUUUUUAUAGAAACCGACCGUUGUUGAAGAAGAAGAAGAAAGCUAAUCUGGUUAGUUUUUUAUAACGUCUUGCUCUUUGGCUUUAAAAACCAUGAAGCUUGUAAGUCCACUGUGUUUAAUUUUGACUUCAGAGGGAGAUCUUUGGGUUUAUUUUGGGGGGUGGGAUCGAAGGGGGCGGGGCGCGGGAGGGAGGGGCGAGCGUGCUGGCUGUAUGACGUGACUCUUGGUUUCCUUUGUUUUUGUUUCUGUUUCCUUGUCUUUGUAAAUAAUUUUUUAUUGACCCAACUUCAGAUCUGCCGUUUUCUAACUCCUAAAAUAAUAAUAAAAGCAAAAGUUGUAUGGGUCUUUAUUGUAACAUUUGAAAAGGAAUAAAUGGUGACCCCCUUUA